CUAGAAAGGUGAUCCCGCCAGAAGGACGGUGCACGUGCUGUGCUUCGGGAAUCGGAGCCUUCGACUAGGUCCAGCUAACUUAGUCCACUACCAACAUCAUAUUCGAUGGAUUCAACACUACCCGCGUUAGAAAGACUUCCGGCCGAACUCCUCCACCAAAUCUUCUCUCUAGCCAUACUUCAGCCCGUGAACAACAGGGUUCGAUCUGAGGCUGACAUAUCAGAUGGGCGAAGAUGGCCAGAUGUUUUCGACUACGAGAAAGGCCCUUGGUCUAUCAGCAGAGUUUGUAGUCGAUGGAGAAUAGUUGCAAUCUCAUCUUCCGACCUCUGGUGUCAUUUUAUGCUGGGUACCGUAAACCUUGGUCGAAGUGGGCAACAGACAGCUCUCAAAACCUGGCUCGACCGCUCAGGGACACAUACCAUAUCCUUUCUUAUUCAAACACACCGAAUAUGCAACCACAACGAAAAUAGCUUACUCUUUCGGCUGCUGAUGGAACAUUCAUCCCGUUGGAAGAGUAUCGAAGUCAUCAAUAGCACCUACUCGUUGUGGGAGAUGUUGAAUACUGCUGGUGUUGGCAAUCGGUUGAACUCGCUUCGACGCGUUACCAUGCUAGCAGACGGUGAGGAAGACUCGUAUAUGGAUCAAGGCUCUUUCGAGAUGGACAUGCCCACCUACGAUACAUUCCACCAAGCUCCCCAUUUAUCCGAAUUAAUCAGCCGGGACUUUAUAACGUUUUGCGACAAAGACGGUCAUCCGAAACUCCCAUGCACGCAGCUAACAACAUACGAAGGAUCAUGCCGCGUUACGUACGACUACCAUUUCUCCGUCAUACGACACUCUCCAAACUUGAAUUCACUCCGCCUUGAACUGAUUACUGGGAUCCGUGGGUACCUGAAUAAUUCACGUUUUCAAUGGCAGGGUGGAGAGGUAUUUUCCUUUCCCAAACUACGCACGCUAACUAUUUGGAUCGCUGCAUGUCAAUCCAGUGACAUUCUUGAAGAAGAACAGAUGUUCGACGAGUUUCGUUUGUUCAACCUCCCUGCUCUCGAAGGUCUCUCUAUUACUACCGAACAACAGACCAUGACAGCUCCUUACCACUCCUUCGCAGCGGCGCUGCGUUCUUCGGACUGUGCACUCCAGAAGCUUGAACUUUCGGGUUGCCCAGUUCAACCAAGCGACAUUAUCGAUCUUCUCCGAGCUGCACACGCAGUGCGCCAUCUCUGUCUAUACGGUUUCUCUUCACUUCAGCAUUUCGUCAUUUCGCAUCUCGUACUGGAAGGGAAGGCCCGGGACGAGGUUUUACUACCCUUUCUGAGGACAAUCGAGCUGAAGUAUUCCACAACUGAAGGUUUCUCCGAAUUGGAACAUCCUACACUAGUAAGGAUGAUACGCUCGCGUUGUCACUCGCCGUCAACACGUGUUAACGAAGCCCAUUUUUCGUUUGGGAGGGACGACUGGGGGAAGGAUUAUCGAACAUCUUUGCCGCUUCAUUCACCAUCUUUAGACAGUUUGAAAGAUUUACAGAAGGAAGGCUUCAAGUUAAUUUUUCGUCAGUUGUGUGAAAUAUGACCGCGGGGAGCGAUAAUCUUUUGAAGUCAUCUAAGUACAUACAUUUUCC